AUGUCGAAAUCGACCUUCUUUCUCGUGUCGCUGCCGACGUCCAUCUCACAAUCAAAUGACCGCGACGAAGCGCUCACGGCGUUGAGAUCCGUCGUGUCCACCGACAACGGCACGACGUACCCAUUCAGCAUCCCGUCGUUCAAGAUUGGUACUCUGGAUGCGCUGGUACAGCAGGCCGACGACCUGCAGAAGCUGGAACAAGGAUGCAAGGGUGUUGUGGAAAAGGUGGCCGACUCGCUGAAGAACAUCCUUGAGGGCGACGAGGACAAGAUCGCCGACCAGAAGAACGUCAACGACAAGCCCGUCGACCACUACCUGCAGAGCUUCCAAUGGAACAAGGUCAAGUACCGCGCCGAGAAGCCCAUCUCGGAGCUGGUCGACAUGCUCCAGAAGGAUAUCGCCAGCAUAGACAACGACGUCAAGACCAAGUUCAACCAGUACAACUCUGCAAAGACCUCGCUGGCCUCGGCCCUGCGCUCGCGCACCGGAAACCUUUCUCAAAAGUCGCUGACGUCUAUCGUCAACCCGGACAAGCUCCUCGCACCCGACGCUUCGGAAUACCUUCAACAACACUUGAUCGCCGUCCCCAAGAACCAGGUCAAGGAUUACCUACAGAGCUAUGAAUCUCUGUGCCCUAUGGUCGUGCCCCGCUCGUCAGUUGAACUGGCCAAGGAUGACGAGUUCAGCCUGUUCGCUGUCACGGUCUUCAAGAAGCACAGUGCUGAGUUCGUCCACAAGGUGCGCGAAAGACGCUGGACACCGCGUGAGUGGAAGUUCAACGAGGGUGGACGCGAAGCAGAGGAGCGUGAGCAACAGAAGCUUGAGAAGGACGAGCGUCGUGUCUGGGGUGAGGCUCUCCGUCUCGGUCGCACUGGCUACAGUGAUGCUGUCAUGGCCUGGAUUCACGUCCUUGCUCUGCGUGUCUUUGUUGAGACGGUCCUGCGCUACGGUCUUCCUCUGAGCUUCGUCUGUGGUCUUGUCAAGACGGACAAGAAGUUGGUCGAGAAGGCCAAGAAGAACCUCGAUGGCGCCUACUCACACCUUGGCGGAAACGCUUUCGGUCGCGACAAGAAGGGCAGAGUCACCAAGGACGAUGCUCAAGUGGCCAACGACCUGCAAGCAACUGGUCAUGCUGGUGAGGACUACAGCGCAUUCGUCUUCUAUCAGUUCGAGAUUGCAUGA